GUAGUCGGGACGGCCUGACAAACCAGUGGCGGCUCUGGCAGUCCGAGACCGCGCCGCGUCCAGGCAGCCUCCCGCUCCUCGCAACAGGUUUGCGCGGCCCCUCCCUUGUCGUCUCUUCGAGGUGGAGGCGAGCUGCUUCGCGGAAGGCGAGACAAAGGCAGGCAGAUACCUGUGAAAAAAAUUAAACAAGAGAGAAUCACUUAAAUUCAACAAUCAGGGCACAUAAACUUUCUUAAGUUUUCUAAUGAAGGAUGACUACUCCAUACGUUCCUGUUCCAAUUCCUAUAGGAAGUUCUACUAGUUUUACCGUAAAUAGAAACCAAAGAUCAUCAUCUCUUGGGAGUAUUUCAGCAUGUUCAGAUUCUUCAAAGGGACAGUUAGAAGAGUCUUCUAAAAGUAACUUUAAAAAGAUGAGUGUUCCUGAUCAGAUUGGUGCUAUUUCAUGUCCUUGCAAUAGUCCGCUUGUUAGGACUAAAAUUUUAGGUGUGAACACCUCUAUGGAAUAUUGUAUUCAACCAUUGGAAAAAACUGAGCAAAAUACCAAGAUGGAGAACUGGGACGAUCGACCUGCUACUCCUACAAUACUAGGUUAUGAAGUAAUGGAAGAGAGGGCAAAGUUCACUGUUUACAAAAUACUUGUUAAGAAAAAUCUGGAAGAAAACUGGGUAGUUUUCAGAAGGUAUACGGACUUCUCCAGGCUUAAUGACAAGCUGAAAGAUAUGUUUCCUGGUUUUCGGCUGGCACUGCCUCCCAAGCGUUGGUUCAAGGAUAAUUACAAUCCUGACUUCCUAGAAGAUAGGCAGCUAGGACUCCAAGCAUUCCUACAGAAUCUAGUAGCUCACAAAGACAUUGCCAACUGCCUUGCAGUAAGAGAGUUUCUUUGUUUGGAUGAUCCACCAGGGCCCUUUGAUAGCCUUGAAGAGAGCAGGGCUUUUUGUGAGACUCUGGAGGAAACAAACUACCGGCUUCAAAAGGAACUUAAUGAAAAACAAAAAGAGGUGGAAACUCUGAAAAAGUUACUAAAUGAAAAAGAAUUGUACAUAAAUGAAAUGGAGAAAAGACUUGGGGACUUAAAUUUAGUGGAAACAAAGUCUUGUAAGUUGUCAGGAGAGGGAAGUGAAUGCAGUGGAGAAGUGGAAUCAUCUGCAACCGAGGCAGAUCAAAGAGCCUUGGAAGAAGACAGCCGGUCUGAGAAAGAGGAUUGGAAAACCUCUUGGAGUGGGUCAUUGGUUGAAAACUUUGUGCCAGAAAUUGAAGUAGCUGAAGUGGCAUAUACUGCUGAUAUAGAAAUGUAAGCAUGGCCUGUUUUGCUUUGUUUUGUUUUAAAAAAAGACCCAUCUGGAAGAUGUUGAACAGCAGUAGAGCUGAAGGUGAUAGGAAUGUUUACAUAAAUCACUCUGAAUACAUUUUUGACACCGGAAUAAUAAUCAAUGCUGCUUUAAUUCAGCUGUUAUCUAAGAUAUAUAGAUAGAUGGAGAACUAUAUUAAUAUAUUAAAAACUCUGGUUAAGGCUACAUUUUGCCUAGAAUCCUAAGUGAUGUGUAUAAGUUAUAAUUUACCAGUAUAUAAAGGUUAAAUGUCAAUUAUCAUCAUUUGGCUUGUCAUACCUGUUUGCUACUAAUAUAUAACCUAUUUUGUAUGGGCAGCUUUUUGGUAUAUGAUUUUUCAGAUUCUUUAUAUAAGAUACAGUUUUAUGCUCUGGAAAUAUAAUUCUGCCAUCUGGCCUUGGAAACAGUAUAGGAUCUCUGAUGUUUUUUAAAGUGAUAAAUUUAAAUAACUGGUAUGUAUGUUUUAAUGCAAUAAACUAGGAAAGCUUACAGUACCAAAAUAAUAUUUCAGAAAUAGGAGUAAGAUUGAGAGGUUUUUAUGAUGGGGGAGGGAGAAUCAUAAGCAAUUUAACUAUAUAGCCUGUGGUUGUUCAUAUUCACUUGAAAAUAAUGUAAACACUAAUUUAACAUGUACCUGUUAAUUUUUUUUCUUUAAAUCCUAUGAUAAUUUGCUACAUAAUCAAUGACUGCCUUAUAUAUAAAAAAACACUACCUCCUACUUUGUGGCUAUGCAUAAGUGUGCUGAUUAAUACCUACCUAUAUGUAUAUGAAUGAUAAUGACCAUUUGUUAAAGCCAUACUUCUGCACCAUUAAUGAAAUGAAGUUGCAGGUUUUGUGAAGAUACCAGGUAUUCUGUAGCUUAUUUUACAAAUUGUGUUAUGCCCGACAAUGCACUUUAUCAGAAACAGACUUAUUGUGCCAAGUUCAUUGGCAUUUGCAUACACACACAGACCGAUGCAUACCUUUUGAUUGAGGAAAGGUGAAAUGAUUUGCACAGUCAUGUCUCUUUCUAUUACGUUUGUUACAUAUGUUUACUGUAGUAGUGUGGGUCAGCUUUAUGGAAUCUUCAGAAAUGUUUUGCUGAGCGUCUGUUUGCUAAAAGUGCCUUUUGUCUCCUCUUCCAGUGAAAAGAAAGCUGCCUUUGUUCUUCAUUUACUCUUUGUUUGUCUUAAUGUUGUUAACACACAAGUCUCCCAUGUGCUUGGACUUUUCAAUGUUCACAUUGUAUUUUGGAAUAUGAGGACAAAGAGCUCUGUAGAACUGUAUAAAACUGUCUGAGGUAAAUAAAGAUUUGGACAU